AUGCAUGCAAGAAAAUCAACUGGGGGAUCUGUUCCUGAAACCUUUUGUGUUCAAGGUAGAGAGGGUUCUGCUUAUGUUCACAAUGCGAUCGCAGGUAUUGUCACAAGAAUCUUGAAUGAAGGGCACAAGGUUGAUGGGAUAUCUGUUCCUCUAGCCCAGAUGUCUGCCUCUGAGAACAGCAAAGAUGAUCAAGAUGGUCAAGAUGAUGCUAGCAAAGAUCAGGGUGAUGUUGAGACAUCGGUUGAUAACAUUGAAGAGAAGAUCCCAGGUGGCAAAGACGUUGAGACAUCUGAAGCUGUUAAUGUUGAAACAUCUGGUACUAAAGAUGCUGAAAUUCCUGAGCCUGAGAAAGCUGAAGAGGUUCCUGUUGCUGUUUCUAAAGAAACCCCUAAUGAAGGCCCUACUGUGCAUGAUGUGGUAAAUCUGGAUGAUCUGGAUGAUUCUAUUGACAUUGCUGAUGAUGAACUCAUCUCUAGCAUCUCUCAUAGAGUCAAGACUCGUAAGGGCAAACAGGCUUGUGAUCAAGAUUUCUCCAAACCUCAGGUUACUCCUCAAAAGAAGGUCACUAUAAAGAAGGACAAGAAGGUCCUUACUGAACCUUCAACCACAGGGAGCAAGGCUACUGAAUUUAUUGUGAAUUUGUCUCAAGAUUGUUGUGAUGGAACAACUGAUGAUUUUCAUAAGGUGUAUGUUAGAAGAAAGUGUAUAGAUUUUUCCCCUGCUGUUAUCAACCUAUAUCUAGGUAGAGAUGCUGAGGCUCAACCUGAGCUUGAAGUGACUGAUAAUGAGGUUUGCAAGGUAAUCACUGGUGGUAAGGUUAAGAAGUGGCCCAUAAAGAGCAAACUGUCUGCUAGUUCUCUUAAUGUCAGGUAUGCAUUGCUGCACAAAAUUGGUGCUGCUAACUGGGUGCCUACCAAUCACACUUCCACCAUUGCUGUUGGCCUAGGAAGAUUCAUAUAUGCUGUGGGAACCAAGACAAAAUUUGACUAUGGGACCUACAUAUUUGAUCAAACUAUGAGGCAUGUUGGUACCUCUGCUACCAAGCUUCCCAUUGCUUUCCCAUCUCUGAUAUGUGGAAUAAUCCUCAAGCAACACCCUGGAAUUCUGAAAAGUAAAGAUUCUAGGUCUGAUGACAAGACAUCUGCUGGGACAUCACAACCCAGCAAAUCUGUGAACAAAGCUCUUCUUAUUGCUGAGCUAAAAGAGACUUGUCAAGAGUUGGACAACAGGAAGCUGAAACUUGAAAAUCUCAUCCACAGUCUUGAGCAGUCUACAGAUGAUGAUCUUGCUGGUGAAAAGGGUGGUGACAAUAUGGAUGAAGACAAAAAGGCUGAGGAAGAAGCUGAGGAUGCUGAGGCUGAGGGUGCUGAGAGUGGGAGUAGUGAUGCUGAAUGGACUAGUAGCUCAAGUGAUGACAAUCCUGGUGGCUCUAGUGAUGAAGACAGUGAUGGGUCUGAUGAUUAG